UAACACUCAGAAGAUGAAGAGGCAGCAACUGUUUAGGAGCUAGCUUACCUGGUUCAGAGCUUUCCGUUGUAAUAAGUCAUUUUAUUUUUUAAAAUUAUUUUCAAUACUAGAGGAGACUGCCCUGAUUCAGAAAUGGACAGUGAAAUGUCCGACAUUGAUCAUGCACCAGGGCCUGAAACGAGCAGUAUGGAGGGCGAGAAUGCACCACUCUACUGUAUCUGCCGGAAACCUGACAUCAACUGCUUCAUGAUUGGUUGUGAUAACUGUAAUGAGUGGUUCCACGGCCAUUGCAUUAACAUCACAGAGAAGACGGCCAAGGCAAUCCGAGAAUGGUACUGCAUGAGAUGCAGAGAUGAAAACCCCUCACUGGAAAUCAAGUACAGAUCAAAGAAAAACAGAGAGAAGGAAGCAGAGCCUGACAGAAAUGAAAGAUCCUACAGUACCCCAAGUACUCCGGACUAUAAGAGUGAAAGGCGCCGUGGAUCCAAAGUGAAGCGUUCUGUCCGUAUGUGUGGGGAAUGUGAGCCCUGCCGAAGGACUGAGGAUUGUGCACAGUGUGACUUCUGCAAAGACAUGAAGAAGUUUGGAGGCCCCAACAAAAUCAGACAAAAAUGCAGGUUUAGGCAGUGUGAGGUUCGAGCUAGGAAAAUGCUGCGUGUGAAGGAUGAAGAACUCUCUUUGCAAGAGAGAAGAGACAAUUCCUACCACAGGCGGAGACGGUACUCUGAGGACUACGACAGUGAGGCAGAGCUCUACCAGCAGUACAAGGAAGCAGGACUGAACAACAGCUUGGCAUGGGCCAGUGAUGAUGAUGAUGAGCCCCCUUUUAGUCCCGUCAUGCGCAAGAAAGCAGUAAAGGUGAAGCAUGUUAAGAGAAGAGAAAAGAAGUUUGAUAAGAAAAAGGAGUCGAGGCGCCACAAACAGAAGCAGAAGCACAAAGACAAAAGCAGAUGCAAUGAGAAAGGGGACCUCCGGGAUAACACAGGACAGCGUCAGUGUUUAGGACCAAACUGUGUGGAAGCGGCAAGAGCCAACUCCAAAUACUGCUCUGAGGACUGUGGCAUGAAGUUAGCUGCCAAUCGGAUCUAUGAGAUCCUCCCUCAGCGUAUUCAGCAGUGGCAGCAGAGUCCCUGCAUUGCUGAGGAGCAUGGAAAGAAACAACUGGAGCGCAUCCGUAAGGAGCAGCAGAACGCCCGUAUGCGCCUCACAGACAUGGAGCGCCGCUUUCACGAACUAGAAGGCAUCAUUGCCAAGGCCAAGCAGCAAGCGGUUCAGCAGGAUGAAGAGGUGAAUGAAAACGACAGUGAGGACACGGACCUGCAGAUUUUCUGCGUUUCCUGCAGCCAUCCCAUCAACCCAAAAGUGGCCUUGAGACAUAUGGAAAGAUGUUAUGCAAAAUAUGAGAGUCAGACAUCCUUCGGUUCUAUGUACCCCACAAGAAUAGAAGGAGCAACCCGACUCUUUUGUGACGUUUACAAUCCUCAAAGCAAAACAUACUGUAAGAGGCUCCAGGUUUUGUGUCCAGAACACUCCAGAGAUCCUAAGGUCCCAGUGGAAGAGGUGUGCGGAUGUCCUCUGGUGAAGAACGUGUUUGAGCUGACUGGAGACUACUGCAGGGUCUCUAAGAGGAAAUGCAACAAACAUUACAACUGGGAAAAGCUGAGGAGAGCAGAAGUGGACUUGGAGAGAGUCAGAGUGUGGUACAAGCUGGACGAGCUAUUUGAACAGGAGCGUAAUGUCAGGACUGCAAUGACCAACAGAGCUGGUCUUCUUGCUCUGAUGCUGCACCAAACUAUUCAGCACGACCCCUUAACAACGGAUCUCCGUAGCAACAAGGAUAGGUAGUGGAACUUGUCUGCAUAUCCCCUGUAUAAAGCAUUGCUUGAAGCUUGUACAACCGGAACUAUCAUUUGGAAGAAGUUGAUUUUUUUAACCAGAUAACUAUUUUAAAAUCUUUGUAUAGGUGAAAAUCUGUCAGAUGUUAAUGCAUAUAUAUAUAUUUCCAUGACUAGAAGAUGAACUGCUGAUUCAAAACUGCUGUUUUUGGUAAGAAUGCCCUAAAUAAAACCUCAAAUAUC